CCACAAACGCCUUUUGUAUAAAAUGGAGAAAGGAGCUUUCCAUAGACUCUUCAAGACAACAGGUCCAGCCAUCCUCCCAGUGAUCCACGUCCGAUCAGAAGAGCAGGCAAUACGCAAUUCACUCUUAGCAGCGAGUGAAGGAGCUCAGGGCGUCUUUCUCAUUAACCAUGAGUUCCCUUAUGUCCAAUUAUUACCAAUAAUAGUGGGGGUUAGAGAAAAGCUCCCAUAUCUCUGGAUUGGUGUCAAUUUUCUAGGAGUCACUGGUGACAUUGCUUUUAAAGAGCUAGGAAAACUCUCCUCCAAUGGCUACCAGGUUGAUGCCUACUGGGCCGACAAUGGGGAGGUGGAUGAGAGAAAGCCUCAGAUACAAGAGAAAGCAGAGAGGAUCAAAUCGGUCAGAGAGAAAAGCGGAUGGGACGGGAUUUAUUUUGGUGGAACUGCUUUCAAAUGCCAGCGCCACAUACAAGAUGAGCUAGUCGAGCGAGCAGCAUCAAUAGCAAUUAGAUACAUGGACGUCGUAACCACUUCUGGACAGGCAACUGGAGUAUCUGCAAGCAUAGAAAAGAUUUAAAAAAUGAAUGUUGGCUGUAAAGGAAAGGCUCUUGCUCUUGCCUCUGGAGUAACCCCCGAGAAUGCUCUUGAUUAUGCUCCAUAUGUAGAUGCUGUUCUUGUUGCUACUGGUAUCUCCAUUGACUUUCAUAACAUUGAUCCACUAAAGCUACGGCAGUUGAUAGCUGUUACACGUUCCCACUCUCUUUCUCCAUCCCUUUCUAUUACAACUCCAAAAACAGCUUGGUACUUGUCAAAAAUUGCUCCUAACACCAAAGGAGAUAAAUUUGCAUGGCUCGAUCCGACUAGCAUCUAUAUCGACUCUCGCGCUUUCUCUGAUCUAACGACUGAUCUCGUCUCACAGUUUAACGCAGCCGAUAUUGAUCUUGUCGCUGGCAUUGAUGCAAUGGGUUUCCCACUAGCUGGCUCCAUUGCUAACAGGCUUGGUAAAGGUCUACUAGUCAUCAGAAAAGCUUCAAAACUUUGCGUCGAGGUCGACUCUGUAACAUAUUCCUGCUACGCUGGGUCUGGGAAAGUCAUGGAAAUGAGGAAGGGGGCGUUUCCUGCGGGUACAAGGAUACUAUUGGUGGAUCAAUGGUGUGAAAUCUUCAAGAUUCCUGAUGAUCUCAAAUGGAUUGAGACAGGAGGUACAAUGUUAGGUGGUAUACAACUAGUGGAGGGACAGGGAGGAGUGGUAGCAGGGCUCGCUACCAUUUGUGUGGAGACUAACGAAUUAACGAAUGAGCUACGUAGCAAGUAUAAACUGGCUCAUGUAGUGCCUGAGGAUAUGCAGCAAUUGUUUGAUGAGCAUAAGUUCCUUGGGAAAGACUACAAGUGAAGUGAAGGAGAAAGAGAUACAAAAGAGUAAUAUUAUAUUUUGUGUGUUUGUUUUCAAAACUAAUGUUAUAAAGCUA